CGGCGCAGUCAUUAACGCUGAUGAACACUUCGACGGUCUGCUGAUAUUUCCCACAUUAAUGUUUGAUAUUCAACCAUGCAACUCACGUUUUCCAUUCUCGGACUGCAUCGCAACUCACCCUGAGUUCCACGGUGCCAACGUUUUCCGUUCUUCUCCCACCCCCAGAUCAUCGGAAAAUGUGCUCGACCACUUCCCCACAGGGAAUUCGCUACCGCCCUUUGCCGAAAUGUCUAGUAAGGAACUUGGAAGAAUCAGGGUCGAGUUGCAGCCUCCGAGCAUUUGUAAUGCACUGGGCCUUUUACUUCAUCGGCGGAAGGCACAAGCUAUUUGGGCAAGACAGCUUUUCACGGAGCCCUAGUAUGGCUGUCAGGAGUAAAGUAUUGGCGAGAGCUGGGUAUCUUCACAGCUUUCACGAUAGGUCAAUCCAAAUUCACGACCAAGCAGAUUGGACCAUGCUCACCUUGUCAACAACCAUCGUCCAUCGUGGACAAGGUGUAUGUUACUCCUUGCAGAAUGCAAGCUCCAACAAGAGCUGCGGGGUCAUGAUCGAAAAGCGAAUGAACCAGGAGACAAAUAAUGAGGCACUGACCUCCCAACCGCCGCUGCCUAACGAAAAGAUAUUAGAUCCCGCCACAUCUAGGUUCACAUUCGGAGCCUCCUGUCGCACCCAAAUUUCAACUCUAAGACACGGUCAAAGCGUAGCACGCCAUGGCGACAACCAGCCCCUUCUCAUCGGAUGAUAAAUAGUCUCCUCGACGAUGCAAUUGCGCGCUAUGGACACAAGCUUGGUCCAAAGCAAACGGACGGAGAUUCGGUACCGAAUUUGAAUGGACUCGCUCCGUGUUCCUUUC